CUGCUGCCAAAGCCGAGCUGCGAGGGCUUGGGUCUGUGUGCUACGGGAACAUCGCAGCACCUAAAUUGUGCCUUUCCCUAUUCUGAGCCAUAUCCUCUUCACUUAUCUCUUUAAUUGGGUUUUGGGCAGCUACCGACCUCAAAGGGCUUACUGAAUUCUUUCUGCAAAGUUUUCUCCCAAGAACAUCGAAUGGGUGUUUGGUAACAGUUUUUGAUGAAAAAAAAAUGCACUAGAAUUAUGAAGCCUGCUCUUCUCUUUGAACAUCCAUAUAUUUUUUACAGAAUUUAUGGUAACAGCUUUUUGCUGAGUUUCAGUCCCAGGCUGCUGCCUUUGUCUUGUGCUAAGAAGCCAAUGCAUCUGCCCACCUCUUGCCAUUCAUCUCCAUGCAGUAGCAGAGGGGCUGAGGCACUCAUACCUUGGAACCUUCACUUUUAUGCUUUCUUGACUUGCUAAACAGCAGCCCCAUUCUUCAGGACUUGCUGCAGUGUGAAAUGUAUUCAGAGUGUUAGUGCACUUUCGUACAGGAAUGAUGACUACUGCAGAAGUUGUCAAGAAGAAGCAAAAUUAUACUAGUGUGCAUGAAGCAGUGAAAGCUGGGGAUGUAGAACAGCUUGCAUCGAUGAUAAAAAGUGGAGCCAGUAUUAAUGAGGUGGAUGUAGUUCACAAAUUCACACCCUUGCAGUGUGCUGCCCACUCGGGAAGUCUGGAGUGCCUUCAGUGGUUGCUCUGGCACGGAGCUGACACCACGCGUGUGACCGCGAGAGGCUGGACAGCGGCUCACCUCGCAGCCAUCCGAGGGCAGGAUGCCUGCAUGCAGGCCUUGUUGCUGAGCGGAGCGGACGCAGCAGAUGGGGACGAGCGCGGGUGCACGGCGUCGCACCUGGCUGCAGCGCACGGCCACUCGUACACCCUGCAGAGCCUGCUGCGCACCGGGGCGGAUGCAAAUGUUUCAGACAGGAAUGACUGGAAACCUGUUCAUUAUGCUGCUUUUCAUGGUCGCUUGGGGUGUUUGCAGCUUCUUGUUCGAUGGGGAGCACGUGUAGAUGAUGUGGAUAACAAUGGAAACCUUCCAGCACAUCUGGCAGCAGUGGAAGGACACUUGCAUUGCUUUAAGUUCUUGGUUGGGAAAAUGGCCAGUGUUACACACACUCUGAAAGCCAGGAAUGACCAUGGUGAGACUCCGAGAGACUUGGCUGAACGGUUCUAUAAAGAUAAUAUUCUGCAAUAUAUUGAUGGUGUGGAAAAAGAGAAGGAACAUCCAGAGACACAGGAAGUUUUAGCUUUCCCAGCUCAUGAUGCUGCUUUCAAAGGGGACUUGUUAGUGGUUAGAAGACUAGUGAGAAAUGGCGUAGUCAAUAUUAAUGAGCGGGACGAUAAGGGAUCCACUCUCCUGCACAAAGCUGCUGAACAGGGGCAUAUCCAUUGCUUACAGUGGUUGGUUGAAAUGGGAGCUGACUGUGACAUUACAAAUGAUGCUGGAGAGACUCCAGAGGAUGUAGCCAAGAGAUUUGGCCACCUGGCAGCUGUGGAACUUUUGACACCAAGAACUGCAAACAGUAACUCUAGUGAUGAAGAACUAGAUGCAAACAACAUAAAGUUGUUUGAAACACAUGGUGUGGAAGGGAGUACUGAUAGCAAAGAAGAUGUAACCCUGGAUAAAGCAGAGAAAAGGAAUGCACGCAUAAGGGCCUAUCACAAGAUUAAAGAACUUCAACGACUUCUAGAAAUUGCCUACAGCAACUACAGACAGCUGGGGGGAGUAACUGAAGAGGAGAGGAAGAUGAAAAAAGAAGAAAGGAAAGUUGAGAAGGCUGUGCGGGAGCUGGAGGCCCAGCUGGAAUAUGAACGAGUCAGGCGGGAGAAGCUGGAGAGCCAGCUGGAUGAUUACCGUGCUGAGAUAAGCCGGCUCCGACAGGGCCGGGGGAAAACCCGCACCACCCCUGCUGCCUCCGCGGAAGCUGAGACAAUGACCAAGUCUUGCAAAGACAAUAAGAAAAUAAAGAAACAGCCAGCCUGCAGCCCAGGAGGAGUGAGACUACGCUGAGGAAUAAACCUCAAAGGAGGGGCAGCAGAGUGUGGAGAGGAAAUAAGCUGCAAACAGAUGGAAGAAUGUUCCCACUGUAGAGCAGUCUCCUAAACCUCCCAGAUUGCUGCAGAACAAUUGCAGUGCAACAGAACAAUUC